GCAUGUGCGUUAUGAGCUUACAGCCAGACAUCGGUUUUUGCAGGAAAUACUCCAAAAUUAAAAAAUAUUAAUUUCCGAGGAUGGCUUGCUGUUAUUCCUUUCUGGACUUUCUCGUUUUUGUCCUAACUUUCAGUGCAUUCUUCCCAGCGGUUGUGUUCACAGUCAACGGCACAGAAAAAGCACCGGGCAAUAUAACCGACGCCAACUUCGACACCUUGCCUCUGAAUGUACGCGAGUGUACUGCUCGGCCGCAGGGAGUCUGCACACCUGCUUCGCUGGAUGCAUCUGAUUGUGCAUUCCUUUCGCCCACGAGUGGCGAGUACUAUGCUAAACGCCAACAGACACACAUCACACUGGUUUGUGGUGAGGAAUAUCCGGAUGCGGAUAUUACCAAAGACGUCUUUCAGAAGCAGACAGUAGCCAUUAGCAAACGCAGUAGACACCGCGCUGUCUAUGUGGAAAUCCGGAAUGAUACGCUCUUGGAUGCCAUCCAGCCAAUUCGACAGCAGAUUGUCGUGCUGAAAAUUAAGCGCUCCAUUGACAACCUGUUGACCUUUCGCGUGGGACUGCUGGGGCUAAUCAACCUGCUAGAAAUUUAUUUCGAAGACUGCCAGCCGCUGAUCAUACAUCAGCGAGACCUUUCACCGCUACAAAAUCUGCGUAUCAUCUUGUUCUAUGCAACGGCCAUCCGGUCUGUCCAGCCCACAACGUUUACCGAUCUGCCCAAGCUGCAAGUUUUCGGUGUGUCCAAUAUCAUGUAUUUCCCGGAUGACGAGGAAAUUAUGUUGGAUCUAAACCGUUUUUACUGUGAUCCCCGGAACGAGUGGUUCUGGAAGUGGCUAGCGGCAAAUCCGCGGUUGAGUGUCGAGCGCACCGCGGGUAGUGUAUUCAAGAUUGGUACUCUGCAAAACAAGGAAACGUGGUUUCAAGAAACAGGGGUUGCACCCUCUGGAGUUUCUUUUAACGAUGCCAGAUAUGCAUGUAAUAAUGAAAGAUUGGCGUUGACACAGAAGCAGUGUUUAGAUAGUUCCUUUGCACUUUAUUUGUGCAAAUGUUUGCCAACUUUAAUUUCUAAUCUCGAAGAAAAAUAA